AUGCUCCUACCUUCCAGUAGCAUCUCAGAUGCCAACAAACAUAUGGUUGAGGCUCCAAGCGACUCGAAAUCGUCCAGGAUCGAUGAGAUAGGCGAAAUGCAACAGAACUUGACGUCACUGUUGUCAGAGAUGAGACAGCAAUCGGGCCCUCUGGAGUGGAUCAACAAGCUACAGAGCGAGCUGCCCAGACUGGACCGACUUCAGGCUUCAUUGCAAAAAGACUUCGAUGCUCGAUCAUCAGUUGGCCACCUCGCCAUGUUGGACCUUCCAGAUGAGCUUCUGAUGAGUAUUUUCGGCCAUACGAGGGGCCAUGCUAAUAUCAGAAACAUUCGUCUCACCUGCCGUCGAUUUUGCAGCACAAGUUCGCAUUUCUUGCUUGACUGCCUCCAAAUUUGCGCGACACCAGCAUCAAUCGCCCGUGCUCAGGAGAUUUCUAGCCAUCCUGCCAUAUCCAAAGGCAUCCGUGCCAUUCACAUCUGUCUACGGUCCUACGACGAUCUUGAUUUCUCGGCAUUCCGAAAUUUAACGGUAGUGGUUUUCAAAAACAACAUUCGAGCACAACAGCGCACUCUACAGGACGGGACCUUCGUGCAGGCCAUAGCGGCCGCAGCAGGACAGAUGCCCACCGUCACCAGUCUUCGCUUUAAAGAUGAUUUUAGAUACCGAGCGAGUGUUCAAGGAUUUUACACGACGCUGUGGACAGAUCAACCCGGUGCCUCUGAUCUGUUCGAUGAGUGGAUCACCCAGUCAAUCAAUUGGCACUACAAAAGGUCAAAGGUCGCACCAUCAAAGCUUGUAGCUCAGAUCCAAUCGGCAGUCCACACAGCAUGUUCUUCCACAGUCGAGGUAGGAAUUGAAUUCCUUUCUACGCAGAUGACUAGGUGGAUUCAUGAUCAGGAUCAGCUGCUCAGUCUCGAGGCCGCAGCUAGGAGCCUCAAAGUCUUCACUUUCCGACAUCUUAUGGGGCCCUUAGACCUUUCACAAAGGAUUUCGAGUGUCCCAAGGUACCUGAGCGCUGUCUUGGGAUCGGGAAGCAUAGAGGUACUUACGCUUGAAUUCGUAAUUCCACAGGUGCUACAAACUGGUCGGCACGAAUCUGCACAUGUUGGACCACUACUGACCUCGCUUCGUUGGCCUCGUCUCCGAAAAGUCAACCUGGUCAGUGCCUCAAUGCACCUCAGCGAUCUGAAGAUUUUCAUCAGUGGUCUUCGACCUGGAGUUGUCUUCAAAUUCGACCAUGUCCACCUCCUCAGCGGAACUUGGGCUGAAGGGCUGGAUGUGCUCUGUGCCAUAGCACAUUCCACCUCCGAGUUGACCUAUCUCACAGACCAAGGGUCCAUUUCUACCUCUGAUGAACAAACUUUCCGCAUGUUUUACGGUGGACGUGAGAGUUUGGUCAGUCGAUACGUUCAAGGUGCAUCAAUCCGCAACCCGUUCUUGGUGACACAGGAUGAAGCAGCAGGCAAUGGAAUGAAUACCGACUCAACCUGA